GGGCGGUGGGAUCUCCCCAGCGACACUGUCCGGCGGCUCUGCCUGCGGCCCCGGCCCCUGAGGCGCCUCCGCCCAGUGCGCUCCCCGCCCCUCGAGCGCGACCAGACUCCCGGGGACGGGAAAGGGGCCGCCGCGCAGGGGGCAUGUGGGCUCGCCGUCGCCAGCGCUGCAGCUGUCCCCGCGAGAUUUCUAGGAUUUUGAAGGAUCCCUGGGCCCUGGGUGGGCAGGAGAUGGAGGCUGGCUUCAAGCCUUAGGCUUUCUUCUGGGGUCCCCUUGACAGCCUGAGAAGGGGUGCUAUUCCCAUUUUCACAGACUGAGCUUCCAGAUGGCCAGUAACCCCUGCGCCAGGUAGCAUCCUGUACCAACUUUGAAUAUCAACAGGAAGUGGCUGGUAGCAAAUAUUCAAGAUCAUAACUUACUACUGCUGAAGUAACCUCGAAAAAGAAGAAAUCCAGAAUUGGCAGCAUGGCGAAGAUAGCCAGAGCUGGUUCGGCAUCCCCUCCUGAUGGAGGCUGGGGCUGGAUGAUUGUGGCUGGCUGUUUUCUUGUUACCAUCUGCACCAGGGCAGUCACCAGAUGUAUCUCCAUAUUUUUUGUGGAGUUUCAGACGUACUUUGCUCAGGAUUAUUCACAAACAGCAUGGAUCCAUUCCAUUGUAGACUGUAUGACAAUGCUCUGUGCUCCGCUUGGGAGUGUUGUCAGUAACCACUUAUCCUGUCAAGUGGGAAUCAUGCUCGGCGGCUUGCUGGCAUCUACUGGCUUCAUCCUGAGCUCCUUUGCCACGAGCCUGAGGCACCUCUACCUCACUCUGGGAGUCCUUACAGGUCUUGGGUUUGCACUUUGCUACUCUCCGGCAAUUGCCAUGGUGGGCAAGUAUUUCAGCAGGCGGAAAGCCCUCGCUUACGGGAUUGCCUUGUCCGGAAGCGGCAUCGGUACCUUCAUCCUGGCUCCUGUGGUUCAGCUCCUGAUUGAACAGUUCUCCUGGCGAGGAGCCCUGCUCAUUCUCGGAGGCUUCGUUCUGAACCUCUGUGUCUGUGGUGCUCUGAUGCGUCCGAUUACUCUCAGAGAGGACCGUUCGUGUCCAGAGAAGAAUCACGACCACGGAACUCCGAGAGAAGACUGUAAGCAGGCAUCUCCCUACUCACCGUUGACCAAAGAAUGGACAGAGACCCGCUUUUGCUGCUCUUUGCAGCAGGAAUAUGGUUUUUUGCUGAUGUCAGACUUCGUCGUGUUAGCUGUCUCUGUUCUGUUCAUGGCUUACGGCUGCAGCCCUCUCUUCGUGUACCUGGUGCCUUAUGCUUUGAGUGUCGGAGUGAGCCACCACCAAGCUGCUUUCCUUAUGUCCAUACUCGGUGUGAUUGACAUUGUUGGCAACAUCACAUUUGGAUGGCUAACUGACCGAAGGUGUCUGAAGAAUUACCGGUAUAUUUGCUACCUCUUUGCUGUGGCACUAGAUGGGCUGUGCUAUCUGUGUCUCCCAAUGCUUCGAAGUUUCCCCCUUCUUGUGCCUUUCUCUUGUACUUUUGGCUACUUUGAUGGUGCCUAUGUUACCUUGAUCCCAGUAGUGACCGCAGAGAUAGUAGGGACCACCUCCCUGUCAUCAGCACUCGGCGUGGUAUACUUCCUUCAUGCAGUGCCAUACUUGGUGAGCCCACCCAUCGCAGGAUGGCUGGUGGAUACGACAGGCAGCUAUACCGCAGCAUUCCUUCUAUGCGGAUUUGCCAUGAUAUUUAGUUCUGUACUGCUUGGCUUCGCCAGAAUUGUAAAGAGGAUGAAGAGAACACAGCUGCCAUUCCUGGCCAAAGAAUCAGAUCCCAAGCGGCAGCUAUGGACAAACGGAUCAGUGGCCUACUCUGUAGCAAAGGAGUUAGAUCAGAAAGACGAGGAAUCCAUGGCCACCGCCGUGUCUGGUUGCAACCUCACGUGACCAGUGUGGCCUUAUCCCUGGGAAUCUUCAAGUCUGAUGGACCAGAGGCUACCAGAUUGCUCAGAGUUUGGAAGUGUCUUAUUUUGACAAUGUAUCACCUCCCAGGAAAAUCAUGAAUAUUGUUUGGCUAACAUAUUUAUAAGGGGGAAAUAACCCGUAGCAAGGAAAUCUGGAGUAGCCUAGGAUUUUCUCAUUCGGGGUUUAUACUCAGUACACAACUUAAUUCCACCAGAGAGGUCAGCAUGUAGUUGGUGGAAUUAGCAAGGGUAACUCUAGGGCAGGGGCCACUGAGUAGCAGUUUUGUCAUCACAAAGUCCCAGUCUCUCUCUCUCUUUCCUCUCAUUCUGAGUGAGCAUGGGGUGCACUGGCAGAGAGUGGAGAGGCAGAGAUUGCCUGAGGGCAGAGUGCCUCAAUUUUUAGAUGGCAAAGAAGUAUCUUAGACUUUUUGGAAGGCAAUGGUUAAUAUACAACUGAUUGUCUUUUCUUAGUUUCCCAGCCGACUUGUGACUCUUCCAAUGUGUAGACAUCACUCCAGAGUCUGAACAAUCAUGAAACACCAUGGUUGGAUUGAAUGUUAGAGGGUGGCUAGUAGUAAUAGUUUGAAAUUGUUUUGUUGAACAGGAAGCUCUCUUGGUCAGACUGUGUCCCUGACACUCCCCUCUGUCACUAGCACAACCCAUUCAAGGGAUGGGGCAACUGCUCCAUCUUUUCACAGACCAGGAAUCCCCACCUUCUUCAAAAAAAAAAAAAAAAGUUUUGAUUUGAAUUGUAGACACAUUCCUGUUAGGACUAGAAAAAUGUUGACUGUAUUCCAACUGAGCAGUAAUUGAAUUCUCAAGUCAGCAGGUAUCUGGUGCGAGGAGUUUUCUCUGCAAAGCAGUCAUUAUUAGAUUCGUCGUUGUCCAGAAGAGGGCUUGCGGUUUUUUCCUAUCGUACAGAUGGUCUAAAAAUGGCAUUCAGUGUUUCUUGUUGGAUAAUAACUGUAAAUCCGACUCACUGGCUUAGAAUCAUCUGCUCAUUCUCAAAAGCCUGACUCUCCUGAAUUUUCAGAUUGGAGAAGAGGACAAGGGUUGAAGAGAGGAAGGGUGGCAUUCUCUGUUUAUCUCCAGCUGUUUCAGAUCCACAGAACGAAGAGUCCUGAGUCCUCCAUCAUGUUCCAUCUGCAAAGAAGGACAAGUUAUGUAAUUAUUAAAAGGGGAUUUUUAAUUGUUCAAGAGUUUAAAUACAAGUCACAAGAAAACAUUUUGAUCUCAAGGCCAUUUAACCUAUUGCCCCCAAGAGGCCUCAGAGUGAAUUUUGCCAGACAUGGUGCUGGGAGAAAUAACAAAGCAUUGAGGAAAGUCAGGGGAUGGCUGAGUCCUUGCUUGAACCGCGGCAUGUUUGUGUUGCUAUAUUGCUUUCAUAAUGAGAUAAUGGCUUGAUUCGAUGGAGAAAAUUAUACUACUUCAUUGUAGAUUUUAACAGAGAAAUUUAAAUGUUCUGUCUUUAUUCAAUCUGGGGCUUUCGUUUUGUAUCUAUUUACUUUGUUAUUUGCGACUUUCAAAACAUUUUGAGUAUAUCUGUAAAAAUUUAAAGUUAAAAUGAAAUACUUGUUUUGGAAUAGCACUUUACCUUAAGUGUCAUUUUUUAAAAUUUUAAAAGUGAUUUUAAAAAAUUAAGUGCUCUUAUUUGUAUGUUUUCAAAGCAUUGACUAUAGUAAAUUUUUGUUUAUGUGAUUCUAUAAUAUAAUUCUCUAUUGUGUUUAUGAAAAGCUAGGAUAGUGAUCAAAGGUAUUAAAAUUUAUAUAAAAAUAUUUCAAAUCUUUUGACUUUAUACAUGCAAUAAAUUUGCACUCUAACUUUCUUGGGGCAACAUUUUUGAAGAACCAGUAAAAAAAUCUCUAGCUCUUAGAGUUUACAGUUUUGGCAUCUAUACAAAAUUUAUUGUUUUUUUUUUUCCUCCAUGUAUUUAAGUGGUUGAUUCCAAAGCUAAGGAAUUCAUGGGAACAGUGCAUUUUAUGAAAUCAAGAAUAAAACUGUAGAGGAAUGAUUCUAUGCCUUAAAUAUUUGUUUAUUCAACUGUAAGUUCUACUUUGGAACUGACUAAGUAGGAAAACAAGAAAUAAUCUAACUUUUCAAUGUGCCAUUUAUUCCUUUAAGUUAUAAUUUUACUAAUGGAUCAGAUAUGUAGGCUAAUGUUUUUCUAGUACAAAGGCAAAAUAAAAUUGAUUUAGAGUCA